AUGUACGACGAUUGUAUAUUUUUGUCCUUGCGAUUCCCGCAGAAGCUUUGGCACAUCGUAAAUGAAUGCAAGAGCGGCGCCAUUCAAUGGAGUGUGAAUGGCAACACAAUUCUUCUCGAUUAUAAAAAAUUCCAAGAACAAUAUCUCGAUGCGAGCAAUUCCAUCUUCAAAACGAAGAACAUCACGAGUUUUAUCAGACAGCUGAAUUUGUACGGUUUUCGAAAGGUGACGUCGCAUAAUCGAGACCCGAUCUGUAAUUCCCAUAAUCCGGACGUUCACGAAUUCUUGCACGAAAAUUUUCGUACCGGCAGGCCGGAUCUGUUGUCGAGGGUGUACAGGAAAACAGCCGGAAAAUUAAAACGCUCUCAACACAUUAGUGUAAAAAGUGUCACGGAACAAGAUUUUUUAAGCAAGGACUCUGAUCACGUGUCGCGUUUGCACAUGUGCCGGUUGGCAUUAACGAAAGCCCUAGAACAAAUAUCACGGGAAUAUCAACGAGCACAAAAGUACACAAAAAACGAAAAUUCAUUAGACUCUCCUCAAAAAGUAUUUAGCCUUGGUUUCUUCAGCAACCAAGAACCCAACGUAGAUUGGACCUCAAAAACUUCGGUAUCAAUUUAUUCAAAAAAGGAUAACUCAACUAACACGCAACUUCCUCUUACUAUUUACAUCAAAUGGACAAACUUCCCUCAAAAUAUAAAUUAA